UCCUAACCUUCCCAUUUGUCAGUGUUUUCACAACUCAUCGUCGCCGACAUCGUAGAAUACGUUCGAAAAGUAAUUGUAAAAUUAAUACGUUCAAUUUGCUGGUUUAAUUUGUUUUCCGUGCACUUAAAUAAACGAAAGCAAAAAUGAAUACGUCCUCGUCGUUUGAGGAAAGUUUCGAGGAUAGCCCUGUGAAGAACAAGAGCAAGGAUCUGGAGGAUGAAAAAAUUGAACUGAGCGAUGAGGAUAAACAGCUGAAGGAUGAGCUGACUAUGUUGGUCGAGCGUCUGCAGGAUUCGGCUACGGAAUUGUAUCACCCAUCGUUGGAAACAAUGGCCAAACUGAUCAAGGCUUCUACCACUUCCAUGACAUCGGUUCCGAAGCCACUCAAAUUCAUGCGCUCUCAUUUUGAUUCGAUGAAAAAGAUCCACCAGAAGCUGGUGGCGAUUCAAAAGGGCUCCGCCUCAGCCAAGCUGGCUGCUGAGAUUAUAUCCGUGCUGGCCAUGACCAUGGGCGGUGGGAAGGAAUGCUUGGUGUAUCGACUGUUGUGCGAAGAUGAUAAUGCGACUAUCGGCGAAUGGGGUCAUGAGUAUGUGCGUCAUUUGAGUGCGGAAAUAGCUUCCAAUUGGCCGGAUACGACGGAAGAUUUCAAGAAGCGUUUGAUUGCUUUGGUCUAUCAGAUUGUUCCGUACAAUAUGGCCCAUAACGCGGAAGCCGAAGCUUGUGAUCUGUUGAUGGAAAUCGAACGGCUGGAUCUGUUGGGAGGAUAUGUGGACGAGAGUGCUUAUCCGAGAGUUUGCCUCUACUUGCAGAGUUGUGUUCCUUACGUUCCGGAACCCGAGAAUAUAAGCUUACUCAAGUGCGCUUUGAAACUAUCGAGGAAGUUUGAAAUGCACACCCAAGCGAUGAGACUGGCAAUGAUGAUAAACGAUAUGCCGUUGAUUCAGGAUAUUUUCACUUCCUGCAAUGAUUUGGCCAUCCAGAAGCAGCUCGCGUUUAUGUUGGGACGUCAGCAAAUCUUCCUUGAGCUGGCGGAGGGAACGAAUGAUUACGAUGAUCUUGUUGAGAUCAUGUCCAAUUCUCAUUUGAACAAUCACUUUCUGAAUCUUGCCCGUGAGCUGGACAUCAUGGAACCCAAGACUCCGGAAGACGUUUACAAAUCUCAUUUGGAUAAUUCACGGACCCCCUUUGGGUCAUCGCAGAUUGAUUCUGCCCGGCAGAAUUUGGCAGCUAGCUUUGUGAAUGGUUUUGUUAAUGCAGGUUUUGGUCAGGAUAAGCUUCUGAUGGAAGACGGCAACAAAUGGCUGUACAAAAACAAGGAACACGGAAUGUUGAGUGCAACCGCUUCGCUCGGAUUGAUUUUGCUGUGGGAUGUUGAUGGAGGUUUGACCCCAAUCGAUAAGUAUCUUUAUUCGAACGAAGAUUACAUCAAAUCGGGCGCCCUUCUUGCCUGCGGUAUUGUCAAUUGUGGCGUUCGCAAUGAAGUCGAUCCAGCUCUGGCUCUGCUGUCGGAUUAUGUUCUUCAUCAGAACAGCACAAUGCGAAUUGGUUCAAUUCUUGGACUGGGAUUGGCCUAUGCCGGUUCGAAUCGGUCUGUUGUGUUGGAGCUGAUUGGAACCGUGUUCAGCUCCGAACGUCGCACGGGAUCGACAAUGGAAGUGAUGGGAAUCGCAGCCUUAUCACUUGGUAUGAUUGCCGUUGGAUCGUGUAACAGCGAAGUAACUGAAGUGCUUCUCCAGACGAUUAUGGACCGUUCAGAGUUGGAACUGAAGGAUACCUAUGCAAGGUUCCUUCCUCUCGGGCUAGGUCUUGUAUAUCUUGGUCGCCAGGAAGCAGCUGAAGCUGUCAUUGCCGCAUUGGAAAUCAUUCAGGAGCCAUUCCGUUCGAUGGCAACCACGAUGGUUGAGAUCUGCGCUUAUGCCGGAACCGGAAAUGUACUGAAAAUCCAGCAACUGCUGCAUUUAUGUUCGGAGCAUUACGAACCAGCAGCAACAGAAACGGAAAGUUCUUCGUCGAAGAAAGAUACCGCCGCCGCUCAGAAGGAAAAGGAAGAUAAGGAGAAGGACCUGUCCGCUUGUCAAUCGGUAGCGGUGCUCGGAAUUGCCCUGAUUGCGAUGGGCGAAGAAAUUGGUUCCGAAAUGGCUUUCCGUUCGUUUGGUAAUCUGUUACGCUACUGCGAACCAUGCAUUCGUCGGGCAGUCCCACUUGCUCUCGGACUUAUUUCGGUGUCCAACCCAAAGUUGAACAUAUUGGAUACACUGAGCAAAUUCUCCCACGACAGUGAUGCCGAAGUGGCCCAUAAUGCAAUUUUCGCAAUGGGAUUAGUUGGAGCCGGCACAAACAACGCCCGGUUAGCUGCUAUGCUCCGUCAGUUGGCGCAAUAUCAUGCGAAAGAUCCGAACAACUUAUUUAUGGUUCGAAUCGCCCAAGGUCUGACACAUUUGGGCAAGGGUACCCUCACCCUCAGUCCGUAUCAUAGCGAUCGACAGUUGAUGAGUCCGGUUGCCGUUGGUGGUCUAAUGGCCACGCUCGUUUCUUUCCUAGAUGUUAAGAAUAUUAUAUUGGGGAAAUCGCACUAUUUAUUGUACACUUUGGCAACCGCAAUGCAGCCUCGAAUGUUGAUCACCUUCACCGAGGACUUGAGCCCAUGUCCUGUUCCCGUGCGCGUAGGAAUGGCCGUCGAUGUUGUUGGUCAAGCGGGCAAACCCAAAACCAUUACCGGCUUCCAAACGCACACCACCCCGGUCCUGCUGGCGAUGGGCGAACGCGCCGAACUAGCCACCGAAGAGUACAUCUCACUCACCCCCAUCAUGGAAGGGUUCUGUAUUUUGCGGAAAAAUCCCAAUUACGUCCCGUAAGCGAGAAGGGAUCACAUCCUCCACAGGACUGAUAGGAUUUAAAACACAUAUUUGAAUGCGUUCGAAAAUGAUCAAUAAAAGUAAUUACAACUAAUUAUUACUUAAAUGUAUUUAGCUCACAGCAAGUAUUUCAAUAAAAAAAACAAACAAUUUUAAAU